AUGGAGGAUGCCGCAAGGCCGCCGACAAACCCCACAUCCAGUCUCCGGAAGCAGCCUCAUAAAAAUCCAACAUUUACGUUCCCGUUGCUGAAAAAUAGAUCCCCAAAUCCAUCCACGGAGCCACUGCAAGGUAGAUCCCCAAAUCCACCACCAACGAUGGCGCCGCCGCCCAUCUUCCGAACCCAAGACGAGCUCCUGGAGGAGAUCUUCUUCCGCCUCACCACGGCGGCAGACCUAGCCAGCGCCUCCGCGGCGUGCGCUCCCUUCCGCCGUCUCAUCACCGACCACGGCUUCCUCCGCCGCUACCGCGCACUCCACCCGCCGCCUCUCAUCGGCGUGUUGGACAACGGCACCCUCGUCCCUGCCCAGCCGCCGCACCCCUCCGCCGUCGCCGCACGCGCCUUCGCCGGCUUCGACUUCUCCUGCAAAUCCUUCCUCCCCACCAAAUCCGGCCGUGCCUGGUUGCAACUUGACUUCUUGGACGGCCGCGCCCUCCUCGCCGGCGUGCUUGAAAGCGACCCUGCGGCGAUGGUCUUGAACCGCCACCAACUUUUGUUCAGCGACAUAGCUGUGUGCGACCCCGUGCACCGCCGCUACGUCCUGCUUCCCGCCGUCCCCUGUGAGCUGACGGCGCUGGUCCCUAAACACGACCUCUUGCAUCUGGAGGCAUUCCUGGCCCCCGGUGAUGAUGAGGAAGACCCUUUAUCAUUCAGGGUCAUGUGCUUGGCGCAACGCAGAAGCAACAGGGUGCUCCUCGUCUCCUCCUCCUCUUUGGGUGGACAAUGGCAUUCUUUUACAUUUGACCAACAUCAGGGUGGGCUGUUUGGUCGUCAAUUGGUUCACGGAUACUUCUGUUGGUAUUCACCUUUUCCCAAAAAGUUGCUUCUGCUUGACAUACAUUCCAUAGAGUUAUCUGCUGUCAGCCUCCCACCCGAACUACGUGAGAGCUAUGGUUUUGUUAUUGUCGAGGCAGCACAAGGAAUGCUUGGGAUGCUCACUAUAGUCGAUGGCGGGGACAACGAAGAUGGCCGAGCAUUGCUUAAGUACUCCAUUCCGAGAAAUAACCAAUGGCACCUUGAGAAGUUCAUCCUGUUGCCGGUGGAGCAUAUGUAUAUGCUUGGUGUAGCCGGGGGAUAUGCGCUCCUAGCGACAGACUGCACCACACCUUCACAAGGUAAGCGAAGGUUCUUUUCGGUGGACGUCAAGACAUUGCAGGUCGAGUUGUUCGGCGAAGGCUCCCUAGGUGGUGAACUAUAUUCUGGUUUCCCACCAUCAUUGUGUGCACCAACUAUAUGAACUGACGCUGAUGCCACUUGACCUAGGAAGAAGAAGUUGGUUCCUCUGAGCGUGUUGUGGAUCGGAUGUAUUCGUUCGUUCAAUGCCGAGGCCGUGUCGGAAGCUAUGAUCCGUGCGUGUGCGCGCUUGCCAAGUUGCAGCAUUUGAACUUUUGAAGUGCAUGCCAAUCUCUGAACUUUUUUUAGGUUCUUGUUACUGCAAUCUUAAUGUCUAACAGCACGGUAUGCCCUGCUUAGUAGAACCCGAGCUUGCUUGUAUCGACUGAGCUCCUGCAAUGGCAAGGAAGUCUAGAAUAUUAUUGGACCGGAUGAAAUGCUUUGUUUCGAUGAAUCACAACUAAAUAUUACUACUAGUAUAACUAUAAGAGGUCCCAGAUAGUUGCGUUGGAA